AUUUAUUUUUGACUAGGCGUCGUCGUCGGCGUCGCCGUCGUCGUUGCGCUCCCCGUGAAUCUCUUGUUUGCGACAAUCACGGUCACGUAGUAACCAACAGAAAAGCGUUUUUCUUGGGGGGUUGUUGUUAGGAAAUCUGUUUAUCUGUUUCCUUUCCCCAGCAGAUGUGGCACGUCUUCUACUUCAUACCAAACUGUUGCCAGCGUUACCAGAGUUCUCUCUUCUUUCCAUCCCCUGGGCGAAGGGGGCGAGAAGAAUAGACAGUCGCAGAUGACUUGUGCGCAGUUCCGGGGCCAUAUUAACACCCUCAGUGAAAGGGGAAAUAUCAUAAUAUAUUUGACCAACUAGCAAGCACAAUAGCGGCACGGGAAAUACCCCGGGGGAACUCCCACGUGAAUAAGUCGGGAAUUUUCGUCGGAAAGUUUUAAUUAAACUCCUAAAGGAGACCAGAUGCAGAGUGGGCGUGCUUCGAGCUCUACUUGGCCCUAAAAGACACCACUUUGAAACGGACAGACAGCGUUUUUUAAUCAUUUCUUCAAGUGCAACCCUAAAAGAUAACGAGUUAAAAUAGUGACGUCCCUAUUGGCCAAGAGAAAUCAAAUGCUUAGUCAACAGGAAGUCAACUGCGCGCGGGAACAGAUAUUGACUCAUACUUAAAGGAACAGACUAGAUCGGUUGCGUGCCCUCUCUAUUCCGCCUUUUUCUCUUAAUCCUCUUUGGUAAGUAAAACAUAGAAAGGCGUUUAAAGGGUAAAAAAAAGCCACCUAAACCAUCGUAUAUGGUCAUGUAUUAUAAUCUGAUAAUUUGAGAACACCUGGGAAAUGUACAGAAUAUUCACUCGUACAAAAUAUUGUAAUUUGAGUGGUUUAGGUCAUCCAUCAUAAUUUAGUUUAUCUUCAUUUGAAUCUCUGUUCUCUUUGACAUGUAAAACAUAGAAAGCGAAGGAAAAAAGCCACUUAAGCUAUGAAACCAUCGUCUAUAUUACAGAGUCUGGCAAUUUCGAGAACACUUGGCGGGGAAUGUAUAGAGUAUUCGCCUGUGCAAACUACAGGUAUAGCAGGUGAAGGCUGCAUUUGAACGAUUUCAUUUAUCCAGCAAAAUUUCGAAACUAAAACAAAAAGGCUGCUGGAUCGAAAGUGCUAUUGAAGAAAGCAAGUUGUGGCAGUUUUUCUGUCAGUGUUUUUAACAUCGUUGACAGCAAAUGUCAAAAGUGUUUCCAUAGACGUUGAUCACAUAACUUCCUCUUUCGCUUUCGCGCUAUUUCUUCCAGUUGACAUGUCAUGUGAUCUGAUCUGUCGAGUGAUAUCGCCGUACCCCGGGGGUUACUCCGAGAAAAAAUUGGUGGGGGUGUGCGGCCCGCUUCCCAAAACCCUUACCUUAUAUAUGACCAAAAUCUGCGAUUUUCAAUACCCCCUGUUUCAGACCUACAUUACACUUAGUUCCCUAGUUCAGACCGACGUUAAAGGCAUCGUGGAGGGCUUUUGUUGAUCAGUGUUGUCGAUUAUGAUGAAAAAGUAGCUUCUUCUUUAAAAAAAACAAACAAAAAAACAAACAAGAAACAAAAACAAAGCCAAACAUGCCCAAUUCAAGACUAGAGUGCAAAAACCAGACCCUAUUAAUGAUCAAAAUGGAUAACAUCGAUACCCCAUUUAUGACCAAAACGGCUGAAAAAUCAUACCCUCUGGGGCCGCCGCACACACACCUAUAUACCCCAUAUAGGGGAGUACCUCCCCCCUGGGCGUCGGACAUUUUGGAUAUUGUUAUGCUAAUGAAGCCUAGAUUAUCUACGCAUAUGUUAGUCACGCGUUUCAAUUUAUAUUAUGAAUCCAAAACAGCCAUUUGAGGUUGAGGAAGUUGGGAGGUUUUUGUUUUAUAGUGUAGCCCAUUUAUCCCGUGACUAUUAACGACUGUUGUUUCUGCAAAACAGAGAACGCCAGCCGAAAAUAAGCAUGAUAGUGUCGCCGCUAAUCUUUUUCUGCGGAGUACUGUUCAACCUUUACGUUGCAUUCUACUGCUUACAGUGUUCAAGAUGGCGGUCUUCGAACAACCUGAAAUACUUCAUCGUGUUCCAAACCUUUGUUAACACAGGCAAUCUCUUCACACAUCUGAUUUUGCUGCUUCGCGAUGAGUUAAAUCCUGUUAACGACAUCACGCGAAUUGAAGAUCACACGAUCUGCGACAUCCUACCGAAUAUCACAGCUUGUUUCAUGUCAUUGUCCGUGUUUAACCUCACUGCAAUUGUUGUGGUACGCUAUUUGAGAAAUGAGCGCCGAUGGACAUUUUCAGUCGUCAAAAUCGUACUCACUUUUCUGGGAAUCAUGGUGUCCACUGCACUUCUUCUAUCACCUGCGCUUAACUACUUGUAUCAUGAAAUGCCCGUUCUUAAAUGUAACGGCUGUUACUGCCCGUCGCCGGGAGUGAGCUGGGAGGCCAAUUUCGAUGUAUGGCUUUAUGGCUAUAUGGUAAUCUUGCUGCAAUUCGUUGUUCCAGCGAUAAUUCUCUCGACCGCCGUUCUAAGAGGCCUUGCAAAACACUUGGAAGAAAGCCGAGCAGUAAGCGAGAAUUGUUGCAAACCUCGUUGUGAUUUGAAGAAAAUAAACAUUGUUACGUUGGCAUCAUGUCUUUUCAUCACGUUCAUUCUGCCAGUGCGAGGAAUUCGCUUCGUCACUGGAGAACACUUUUUCCCGAAUAAUGUGUCGUUCGUCGAGAUUGAAUUACUUAACUCGGUGUUUUACGUUAUGGAGGUUUCUUGGGCCGCAGUGACUGCGAUGUUACCAGUCUGUUUGAAAAGCCUGACCGACGAUGAAAUAUCAGGGGGACAGAAAAAGGCAGAUACGGAUGGGAGCCGAUCAAACUUUUCCCAAGCAAAAACAUACUGUGAAACUUUAGUCGAAUUAGAGCUAUGGGAAUAGUUUCUUUGUGGUGAUCGAACAACACAUCUUCAGUGGAUGGAUCAGAAGUAAUGUGGUAAUGUCAGCAUGAAUUGCAAAUUUAUUAGAUCUUUAAGUGAACGAGGUCACGCGAAACCGCCUUGUUUAUGCAAAAUGCUGAGUAUCUCGAAAACAAACAGCCUCUUUCUCGCACCUUCUUAUGCCCGUUCGUUACGCUCUAAAGAGCGACCUCGCGGGAAUAAUAAUAGUGGUAGAAGGAGAAGAAUGAAAAAGUACUGAAGGUCACUAUACAGUCGGAGAUUGUCAAACUAGUCAGAGUAGUUUGCAUUAUCAUCAUAACAGAGUAUUGAGUGGCCCUCCACACAAGAAUAAAUUGAUUUUGAUUACGUAACUUAUGGCAAACAAAAAUCGUUUGAUAUUGAACAAUGGACUAGUGCUAAAUGUCUUACAUUCAGCUGUUAAUGGAACGGUUUAAACGAUGACAGUCGAGGCAUUUAUAGAUACAUGCGUAGUGUGAGCUACCUCAGGCGUAAUUUAACUAUGAAAUGCAAUCCAAAGGCGUUUCAAAAAUCGCCAAACCUCAAAGAUUCAUUGCUCACCAAAUUGCCGCUCUUAUACUAGUGUCAUCAAAAGGUUCGUAACUCAGUUGCCGGAAUAGUUUGAGCAGCAAAACAAAACGUUGCAGGGAACAAAAUUGCAGAGUCAUUGUCUAGUUUUCGUUCCACUUCGAGGCACCGCGAGAUCAUUUGACUGCUAGACAAUUUUUUUAUCUAUUUAGACACACCUGUGUAUUCUCUGUAGUUCAGUUGUGUUCAUAUAUUUGCAGUUUGUUACAUCUUAUAAACGUAAACGAAUUGUUAGUGUGUUAGCAUUUACUUACUUUGUUAAUGCAAAUAGACAUGGCUGACCUGGCUCAUUGCCCACGUUCCUCACAGUUGUUGCGUAUGCAAUCAAGGUUCAUGACACAUAGAAGGAACGAAACCCAAUAUACAGCGAUCUUCAACGAAAAAUCUUGGUCAAUAAAAGAUUUAUUUAAUGCCAUAAAGAGCGCCAUUUUCUAGUGGGACGGAGAAUAAACGACAUAAACGCUUGAGUGAUCACAAUUUGUAAAAUCAUCUUGUUUAUAGAUAGUGCACACUCAUUUUAAUUAAAAACAUUUUUGGUCAUAAAGUUAA